GGCUGCACCUGUUCCCCCGGCAAGAGCCCAGAAGAAGAUGACUGGCAAGCAGAGGAAGACGAGGCCGGAGGUGGCAGUGACGUUUGAGGAUGUGGCUGUGCUCUUCACUCGGGACGAGUGGAGGAAACUGGACCCUUCGCAGAGAAGCUUGUACCGGGAUGUGAUGCUAGAGAAUUACAGCCAUGUGCUCUCUCUGGGAUUCCCAUGUUCCAUGCCAAAGGUCAUCUCUCUGUUGCAGCAAGGAGAAGAUCCCUGGAAGGUAGCCAAAGAAGGUCCCGCAGGCUCCUGUGCGGGUUGGAAAAGUGGUCCUAAAACCACAACAUCAACUCAAACACCAGACUCCUCAUUUCAGGUUCCAAUCAUGAAGAGAUCCAAAAGGAAUAGACCUCGGGGCUUGAAAGCAGGAAGAUCUGACAUAUGUGAAGACAGGUUAGAGAAGAAACAGGAUAAAAAGGAGAAUGUUCAGAUGGUUUUAGUCACCAACCAAAAAAUCCCAACUCUAGAGAAAAGCCAUAAAAAUAUUGAAUUUAGCCAUAAAGCAAAUUUAAAGUCAGUGCAUACUCAGCAACAAAUGGUUUCCAGAGAAAAGACACCACCAAAAUGUGAAAUACAAGGCAACACUUUCAAACAGAAUGUAAAUUUACCCAGUCAACCAAAAAUGACGGCGGAGAAGCGUUAUAAGUGCAGUAUGUGUGAAAAAACUUUCAUUAACACUUCAUCCCUUCGUAAACAUGAGAAAAAUCAUAGCGGAGAGAAAUUAUUUAAAUGUAAAGAAUGUUCUAAAGCCUUUAGCCAAAGUUCAGCUCUUAUUCAGCAUCAAAUAACUCAUACUGGAGAGAAGCCCUACGUGUGUAAAGAAUGUGGGAAAGCCUUUACUCUUAGUACUUCGCUUUAUAAACAUCUAAGAACACAUUCUGUAGAGAAAUCCUAUAGAUGUAAAGAAUGUGGGAAAGCCUUCAGUCGAAGGUCGGGCCUUUUUAUACAUCAAAAAAUCCAUGCUGGAGAAAACCCCUGUAAAUAUAAUCCAGGCAGAAAGACAUCUGGUUGCAACACACCCUUUCCUGGAUGUCCAAAAAGUUAUUCCAAGAAGAAGUCUUAUCUGUGUAAUGAGUGUGGCAACACCUUUAAAUCUAGCUCAUCCCUGCGUUAUCAUCAGAGAAUUCACACUGGAGAGAAACCUUUUAAAUGUAGCGAAUGUGGGAGAGCCUUCAGUCAGAGUGCCUCUCUGAUCCAACAUGAAAGAAUCCACACUGGAGAAAAACCCUAUAGGUGCAACGAAUGUGGGAAAGGCUUCACUUCUAUUUCCCGACUCAAUAGACACCGAUUCAUUCAUACUGGUGAAAAAUUCUAUAAUUGCAAUGAAUGUGGGAAAGCCUUAAGUUCUCACUCCACACUUAUUAUUCAUGAGAGAAUCCAUACCGGAGAGAAACCCUGUAAAUGCAAAGUGUGUGGGAAAGCCUUCCGACAGAGCUCAGCGCUCAUUCAGCAUCAGCGCAUGCAUACUGGAGAAAGACCCUAUAAAUGCAACGAGUGUGGGAAAACGUUCAGGUGCAACUCAUCCCUUAGUAAUCAUCAGAGGAUCCACACUGGGGAGAAACCCUACCGAUGCGAGGAAUGUGGCAUCUCGUUUGGCCAGAGUUCAGCUCUGAUUCAGCAUCGACGGAUUCAUACAGGAGAGAAGCCAUUCGAGUGUAACACGUGUGGGAAGACUUUUAGACAGAGCUCCUCACGCAUUGCACAUCAGAGAAUUCAUACUGGAGAGAAGCCCUAUGAAUGUAACACAUGUGGGAAACUUUUCAAUCACAGGUCAUCCCUUACUAACCAUUGUAAAAUGCACAUUGAAGGGGAUCCCUAGGAAGUACAUUUGCAUGUGUGAAUGCGUUAAACCAAAGCUUGUCGGAGAAUACAUGCUUGACAGUGAGGUAAGGAAUGUACUGGUGAU